GACGCCUACAAUCCCAACAGAAGCCUGGCCUGUUCCUCCUUCGCCUUUUUUUCAGGCGCGUUUUACUCGCUCAAACUCGCUUCCAGUAUUAGACUUGGGAGGAUUGAAUGAUAAGCCGUCAGCAUUGACAACUCCCGGUUCAAGGGAGAGUUUUUCUGGUUCGCCCAAUCCUAAGGCAAUUAACCGACCAGCCUCUGUAGCCUCGACUAUCCGUUGUGGCGAUGAAGCCCUCAAGCAGCGCAUCGAGCGUCUGCGUGCUGGUGGCUGGCAAAGAAAGCGCUUCGAUAGUCGACGGUACGAGGCCUUACGAGAACAAGUCUUAUGCGAACUUGGUGCCUAAGAGAUUACGUUCUGACGCAUGUCAGCUUACAUGCAUGAAUAUUUGCGUUCCAAUCUAGUUAGCUUCGCCGAUCGCCUACAUACAUAUCACAGCAUCUUUCAUUUUCAUCUUUUUUGUAUAUUGCACAUGAUUGUACCAUUUUCCCUUCGCAUUUCUGUAUGGCCUAUUAACGGAGAGUUGGGGGUUACAAAGGAGGCGAGGAAGACCGGAGUUUGGAAGUGUGCGCUCAUGGAACCAAACUGGAAAAAAAUCGAAAUGCCGUUUUUCGUUGGAUACGACGUCAUUAUCAACUACUACAGCUACGUAUUAGCUAUUAUCUAUUAUACCCAACCGGCUAGUAGGCCGCCCAAAGGACAAACGAAAGGGAUAGGACCGGAAAAGAGCCAGAUCGGGAAAGACGAGGCGCACACACCUAUGACACACAUACACGCAAAAGCAAAAGCAAAAGUCGCCGAGGAAGAAAAGAGACGAGAAAACGUCCACGAAAACGAAACGACGACGAAAUGUAUAAUUAUGUGUCCAUGUACAUAUUGUUCAUUAUUGCAUGAGAUUAUUCUCACGAUCCUCCCUUUUCUGUCGCACUUCAGCCUUGUUAGGUGGAGUGGGCAGAAGGGAGGGAUUUACUUAAUAACGAGUCACGGCUUCGUAUGUAUAUAUGCAGUUCAUUAUAAAUACAAUUUUUAUCAGAUAUCAAUCAUCAGAUUAUGCAGUGUGAAUAUCGAACUUGAAGUAAUUGUGUUUAUGUGUUUACCUAGUACGUAGGUAGAUAGGGGCGAGGCAAGAUAGACCGCUA